AUGCUUACACGAAAUAUCCUCGCGCUGGUCGCAACCACAGCACUCGCUGCGCCACACACUCCUAUUAGCGCUCGGGCUGCCACUAAUUCAAGUUACUCCCUUACAACAUCAUAUAAGGGCUCAAGCUUCUUCGACAACUUCUCGUUCUACACAGGAGCUGAUCCUACUAAUGGCUUCGUGAAUUACACAUCACGUUUGACGGCCGCAAACACCGGUCUCGUGGGCUUCAUCCACAAUCUCACCUCGAACGCGUCCACCGCCUACAUCGGCGUAGAUUACAACACCACCACAUCCGUGGCUCGCAACUCCGUCCGCCUGAUCGGCGACAAGAAAUUCAACGCUGGCUCCAUGGCUGUCAUUGACGUUCGCCACAUCCCAGUUCAGAACGGCGUAUGGCCAGCCAUUUGGAUGUUGGGGGCUGAUGGCAUUUGGCCAUCCUCAGGGGAGUCCGACAUCUUGGAGUAUGUGCACACUGCUGAGGGCAACGCUGUCACUCUUCACACCGCUCCGGGAUUUGUCGUCGACAACUCAACCGACGCUUUCCAAGGUAGCCUGGUUGACUCAAAUUGCAAUGCCGUUGACGCUACCAAGGGCUGCUCUAUCACGAUGGAGCACGACACAUCCAACAGCUCACUCGCGACCGCUGGCGAAGCGUUCAAUGCUCAGCGUGGAGGCGUCUAUGUUCACGACUGGACAAAUGACGGCAUCACAGUCUGGCUUUUCCCUCGCGACCAGCUUCCAGCCGAUCUCGUCGCAGGACAUCCUGAUAGCGCCACUUGGACUCGCAAGCCUCUCGCGAAAUUCACAGGCAAAGGCGAUUUCGGCACGACAUUCAAGAACAUGCAGCUUAUUUUGAACAUUGACUUUUGUGGAGACUGGGCCGGAAAGGAAGAGGUCUGGAACAACGGACCGGCAAAGUUGACUGGAGCGAAAACUUGCGCCGAGUACGUUGGAGCAAACCCACUCGCUUUCAAGGAGUCGUACUUUGAGAUUGGGAGCAUUGACUUCUACUCCGCUGGUGCCCCUUCUUACGACGCCCCGAGCAAGCGGUCAUUGUCAGAGCAUGAUCACGAUGUCAAGAGCCAUCAUCAUCAUGGUCACCACAAUCAUGCUGUACCUACCGACUCUGCGUCACAAGUUCAGCCUUCUAGCACUGUUGACGCCCCGGUCAAGAGAAGCGCGACUACCUCCGAUGCCUCUGCUACAGAGGUCGCCGGCUGGCUAGUGGCUGCAGACAACACGACAAUUCGUACAGAUUCGAUGAGCUGGCUGAAGGAAUGGAAUCAGGCGCUUUGGAUGUGA